AUACAACUCAUUCCAGCGAACUCUGCCUGCAUCUAUAGAGCUUAACUUUGAGAGCCAAGCUUGUCGAACUUGUUUCCCAAUUCAGGGUAGCUAUGACCUAGCUUUAAAGUACACUUAUGCUGUAAAAGCUAUGUCAUAGUUGGCAAUACACCUUCUGCGCUUCUCCAACCCCAACCUUUGGCAACAUGAGGACUCCUCCUACCUUCGUCCUUGGCGCUGAUUGCGCAGACUCUCAGAGCGACUACUACCAUGAACUCUGAUCCUGCUCACGAUAAUGCAAGGGCUCUCAGGCUUCAAAAGCUUUUUAACUCCAUCAUACACGGAAAGACGCGUCUUUCCCCUCAGAACAGUAACCUCUUCAUCGAGGCCAUUUCUCUUCAAGAAGAUGCAGUGUCUUGCAUCGAUAAGGUCAUCACCAGUGCCAACGGUCUUGCUAGCGUUCAAAACGCUAUGCGAUUUGACCUUACGCCCAAGUUCUUGAAUGGCUCUGCCACGUCCCUUCUGCAGUACCUUUCUGCUCCCGAUCUCUCUGGGAUCGGCGGCGGCGUUCCACUGGUCAAGGUCGUUAAGGCGAUCGUCGAGCCCCCAAUUUUCUGGUCCGCAUUCCAUCGUGCGUUCCAAGCUAGUGAGCUGGACGAGAGGGCGCAACGCUGUUUUGCGUGGCUUCUCCUCCAGCUAAUUCAGCUGCCGGGAGAACAGGCGGAUCCUUAUCGAGACCUUAUAGCGAAUACUACUAUUUCGGAGACCCUUCUCUCAACGACAUCUCACGAGACGAGGGCCUUGGCGUACGAAAUCAAAAACAUUAUCGCGACUCGUAGUGCUGGGGUUAUACCCACGCAUUUCGGGCCAGGUGGUCGACACGACAACGAUUUUGUCGAUUAUCAUGAUAUCGCCAUCUUGCCUACGGGAGAUGAGAUCCUCAGCGAGAAGCCCGCAUUUCUUCGUACAAGUAAUGCUGUAGACGAGAUCGAUGCUGAUCUUCGCCUGGCGACGCACCUGUGGGUCGAGAGGACAUGUUGUAUGAGAUGCGGGAUGACCUUCACCUCGCUUUCGGAAAGAAAUCAGGGAAGUACAGAGGAGUAUCGUUCAAGGGCCUGUCCCUCCUCAGUAUUCACAACGAGUCUGGGGGGAAGAAGUGUCGAUGGGGUCUUGUCUUCCGUUGCGCUCAUGAUUUGUGGCAGUUGAAGAAGGUGAAGGAUAAAGAACGCAAGAAGUUCUUAGGCGAUCAUCGCAACAUUUUCAAGCACCAAUCCUUUACAUGUCUUCUCAUCGACGGCCAAAUUACUGCUUUCAUGACAGUGUAUCGUGACGAGGAUCGCCUAUCAAAGAAACCUCCGGAAAUUGUCCUGCAGCUCGAAGGCCAGAAAGACGUUACUGCGACCAUGUUGAAAUUGGCCAUGGCGAGGCCAGAUAACAUCAGUCUUUACCAGAUUGAUACUGCCAUAUUUGCAUAUGAACCCAUCCUAGCCGCGUUGCAGGCGACCCAGAAGUUGUCUCUGUCGCCAGAACUCAUGCUUUGGGCGCCGGGGAGUACUUUAGAGCUUACCCCACACCUGCCUAAUGGCGUAGUGGAUGCGAUCAGGAUGAACCCAAGUCAAAAUCUACAAAGAAUACUCGGAGCGUCCAAGUCCAUCCGCCUUGAUCACGCGCAGGCUCAAUCUCUUCUGCAAGGUCUGACUCAGAGACUUUCUCUGAUACAGGGACCACCUGGUACUGGAAAGUCCUUCAUUGGUGCUAUACUGGCAAAGCUUUUGCAUGACCAUACUAGCGAGAAGAUCUUGGUGGUGUGUUACACGAACCAUGCCCUCGACCAGUUCCUGGAGGACCUGCUUGACAUUGGCAUCCCCAGCUCAAGUGUUGUGCGAUUGGGAGGGAAAUCGACAGCCCGAACGGAACCGCUGUCCCUGUUCAAAAUGCUCCAAGCUCGUAACCAGGGCUUCAAAUUCAGCAGAUCGGACUGGACCCAAAUCGAUGCUUUGAAGCAGGAAAGCGACAUGCUUAGUAAGAACAUGUCUAAGGCUUUUGAUACACUACGCAAGUCGAACCCGCAGUACGACGAAUAUUUGCAGUACUUGGAGUUUGAAGAUCCGGAAUAUUACGAUGCAUUUCAGGUCCCACAAUUACUGGAUGGUAUGCAACGCGUUGGCCAAAAGGGGAAAGAUGUAAAGGCCGAUUACCUGAUUCACCGUUGGUCCACUGGAAAGAAUGCUGGGAUGUUCCAAUCGUCAGAACACGUUCGUCAGACCGCAAACAUAUGGAAUGCUCCCUUGGAGUUUCGGAGAGAUCAACUCUUCAAAUGGAAGGAAGCCCUGUUGAAGGAGUACGCGGAGGCGUUCGCAUCUGUCUCUCGGAGAUACAAUGCUUGCCUGCUUGACAUUGAUCGCAAAUACGGACUGAGCUCCAGUGCCUUACUGCAAAGUAAACGCAUCAUCGGCUGCACUACCACGGCCGCUGCAAAGUAUCGAGAGGAUGUUCAAGCUGCGCGCCCAGGAAUAUUGCUCGUCGAGGAGGCUGGCGAGAUUUUGGAAAGCCAUAUCAUAACCUCACUAUGCCCCAGUACCAAGCAACUGAUCCUCAUCGGUGAUCAUAAGCAGCUACGACCUAAAGUAAACAAUUACCUCUUGACCGUCGAGAAGGGAGAAGGAUACGACCUCAACCGCUCUUUGUUCGAACGAUUGGUACUGAAGGGAUACCCACAUACAACGCUCAGCGCGCAGCAUCGAAUGCGUCCUGAAAUAUCAUCACUUGUUCGGCAGCUCACCUACCCUGAUCUUAUUGAUGCUCCUAACACUCAGAAUCGGCCAUCCCUACGAGGUGUCCGCGACAAUGUCGUAUUCGUCAACCACAGCACACCAGAGGACGACGCGAGCGAACUGGAGGAACGGAAAGAUGUGACCGUCAAAUCUUCCAAGCGCAAUACAUUCGAAGUAGAGAUGGUCCUCAAGAUUGUCCGGUAUCUCGCCCAGCAGGGUUAUGGCACUGACAGGAUUGUGAUCCUAACGCCUUAUCUUGGACAACUUCGUGAAAUCCAAAAGGCCUUACAAGAACACAAUGAUCCUAUACUCAAUGAUCUGGAUUCAUACGACCUCGUUCGCGCUGGCCUUGUCAGUGACUCCGCAGCGAAACUCACCAGAAAGCCGAUUCAUCUGGCUACGGUCGACAAUUACCAAGGCGAAGAAUCAGACAUCGUGAUUGUUUCGUUAACGAGAAGUAACGACACUCAUGACAUAGGAUUCAUGUCUUCCAACGAGCGGCUCACGGUUUUGCUCUCGAGAGCUCGCGAUGCAUUGAUCAUGAUCGGCAACACGGAUACUUUCAUGCAUGCACGCAAAGGUGGCGAAGUCUGGACGAGGCUAUUUGGUAUUCUAAAGAACGCCGGGCAUCUCUAUGACGGGUUUCCAGUGCAAUGCGAAAGGCAUCCCGAUCGGCGCGCACUGCUCAGGAAUGCGGCAGACUUCGACAAGGAAUGUCCCGACGGCGGAUGUUCAGAACCUUGUACAACCAUGCUGAGUUGCAACGUGCAUCGUUGCCCUUCGAAGUGUCAUCAGCUUUCGGACCAUUCCAAGAUGUCUUGCGAGGUUGUGAUGUUCUCCAACUGUACGAAAGGCCAUUCCCAACAAUGGAAGUGCCAUAAGGGCCCUCCAUUAACCUGUUGCAAGUGCGAACGUGAAGCGAAGCUUGCUGAGAAGCAACGACAAGCGGACUUUGCUCGCCAGGAGAAACUCGAUGUAGAACAACGAUUGCAUGACGAGAAGCUUGCUGCGAUUGAUGCGGAGAUAGCUCUCCACAGGGAUACCCUUCGAGGAAUUCAACUUGCUGAAGAAAGACGAGCAGCUUUGGAACAAAGGAGGAAGGACCUGGAAGAUGUGGCUAACAUGGCACGGGCUCGGUCUGAUCCUCAGGUACCCCCACCGGUACCCUCACAGAGUGAACAGUCUGAAAAGCCGCCGAAGGUCACAUCAAGCGUUCCGUCGAGUGAGGUUCCCACUGCCACCAGUUCAUCGAAAUCGAAUCACCCAGCCCACCCACAAUCGCCGGCUCCCCCAAAGCCUUCGCCUAAGUCAGGAUCUCGGGAUGAAUGGGAACGACAGAAGACUAUGGAAGGAGCCGUCAAUGACGCUAUUGACGCUAUUAUGGAGAUGUCUGGGCUUGAACAGGUGAAAGAACAGGUACUGAGAAUCAAAGCAAAGGUCGAUACCGCUCAGCGGCAAGGUACCUCCCUCAAGGGCGAACGUUUCAAUGUUGCAAUGCUUGGCAAUCCAGGAACUGGUAAAACUACCGUUGCAAGGCACUAUGCUAAGUUUCUAGCGUCAGUUCAAGUGCUUCCAGGUAACAUGUUCAUUGAGACCACUGGGUCUCGUCUUGCCAACGACGGGGUCCCGGCAGUGAAGAAACAUCUAGAGGACAUCAUCAAUGCUGGUGGAGGAGCAAUUUUUGUCGACGAAGCCUAUCAACUUACAAGUCAGCAUAACUUCCAAGGCGGACAAGUCCUCGAUUGUCUGCUCGCCGAGAUGGAAAAUCAGGUCGGAAAAGUUGUCUUCAUUUUUGCAGGUUAUAAUCGGGAGAUGGAGAAAUUCUUCGAGCAUAAUCCAGGUCUCACGAGCCGUGUUCCUUAUAAGCUGCAAUUCACAGAUUAUGAAGACCCCGAACUACUGGAUAUGCUGGAGAAUCUGAUCCACAAGACUUGGAAUGGUCGAAUGAAAGUCGAGGAUACGGACGGCAUAAGGGGGCUUUUCGGUCGAAUCACAGUACGCCGUCUGGGCCGCGGUCGAGGACGAGAAGGCUUUGGUAAUGCGCGAGCCUUGCAGAACCUAUUUGCAAAGAUUCGUGAGCGCCAGUCUGAGCGACUUACUCGUCAGCGCCGCGAUGGGCUGAAACCAGAUGAUUUGCUAUUGGUGAAGGAGGACCUGAUAGGGCCGGAUCCUGCACAGGUCAUGGUUGAAAGUCCUGCGUGGAAGAAGUUGCAAGGACUCAUUGGACUCAAAGCUGUGAAGCAGUCUGUUGCAAAUCUGUUUGACAUGGUGAAAAGGAACUAUGAACGCGAGCUCCUCGAGAAGGCUCCACACCAGGUAUCUCUUAAUCGCGUAUUCAUUGGAUCGCCGGGAACUGGGAAAACAACGGUAGCCAAGUUGUAUGGUCAGAUACUGACGGAGUUGGGAUUGAUCAGUAACGGGGAAGUCGUCAUCAAGAACCCAGCAGACUUCAUAGGCAGUGCCCUCGGACAAUCGGAGAGCCAGACCAAGGCCAUCUUAGCAAACACCGUCGGGAAGGUGCUCAUCAUCGAUGAGGCUUACAUGCUCUAUGGCGGCUCUGGCGAAGGCAAAGGUAGCCAGGAUCCCUACAAAACAGCGGUCAUCGAUACAAUUGUGGCGGAAGUACAGAGCGUCCCUGGCGAAGACCGGUGCGUCCUCCUUCUGGGAUACAAGCAGCAAAUCGAAGAAAUGUUCCAGAACGUCAAUCCGGGACUUGCUCGCCGAUUCGCCAUAGAGAAUGCUUUUCAAUUUGACGAUUACUCAGAUUCUGAGCUCUUGCAAGCAUUGGAGUGGAAGCUGAAGGACGGCGACCUCUCAGCAACGGAGUCCGCAAAAAGAGUUGCUAUUGAAGUACUAAGCCGCUUGCGCAAUCGACCCAAUUUUGGAAACAUCGGAGAGGUUGAGAAUAUCUUGGGACAGGCCAAGGUCAGAUAUCAGCAGCGUCAAGCAACCCUUCCUGUAAGCGAGAGGAGGGCGGAUGCACCUUUCGAGCCGCAAGACUUCGACCCACAGUACGAUCGCCACGAGCAUGCCACAGCUAAUCUUGCAGAGUUGUUUGAGGACACUGUCGGCUGCGACGAGAUAAUCAGCAAAUUGGCUCAAUAUCAGCAGAUGGCGAAGCGUUUGAAGAAGCAGGGGAAAGACCCUAGAGAUAUUAUACCCACAAACUUCGUCUUCAAAGGUCCUCCAGGAACUGGAAAGACUACGACUGCUCGCAAAAUGGGGAAAGUCUACUACGACAUGGGUUUCCUGUCGUCAACCGAGGUAGUGGAAUGUUCUGCUUCCGACCUCGUGGGACAAUACGUUGGACACACAGGCCCGAAGACCAAGAAAUUGUUUGAGAAGGCCCUCGGAAGAGUCCUAUUCGUCGACGAGGCUUACCGCUUAAGCGAAGGGCACUUCGCCAAAGAAGCCAUGGAUGAGCUUGUUGGUAUUCUGACCCAAGAAGCAUUCCGCGGAAAAUUGGUGGUCAUCCUCGCUGGGUACGAUCAGGAAAUGAACGAGUUACUGGCUGUGAACACAGGAUUGUCCAGUCGUUUCCCGAAUGAAGUCAUCUUUCGCAACAUGUCUCCGCAACAUUGCUUGCAGAUCCUCAAGAAGGAACUUCAAAAGCAUGACAUCCAGAUUGACGCAUUGGAGAAUCCGUCUGAUGCAGACUAUGCCAGGAUGGCGAGCAUCAUCUCAUCACUUUCAACGCUACCAUCAUGGGGUAAUGCCCGUGAUGUGAUGACUCUAGCGAAGAAGUUGGUGACAGUAGCUCUGACGUCGACCAUGUCCCAAAAUGAUGCCGACGAUGCUUCAGCUACCAUCUCGGUACUUCCUGCCGAUGAUGUGGUGGCUUGCAUGCAAGAAAUGCUCACAGAUCGCAGAGAAAGGUGCUCCAAUGUGCCCAAGCCAAAGCAGGUCUUCAAUCCCCAGAUGCAACUGGACGCACCUUGGCAUUCUGCUCCUCCCCCCACGACACAGCGAAUAGAGACAGUGCGACAUACACCAGCACAGCCUGGUUCCCAACAAGUUCCAACCCUUGCGCCCGUGGAAGCUUCCAAGAGAGACCCCGGCGUAUCUGAUCAGGUCUGGCAUCAGCUACAGGCUGACAAGAAGGCAGCAGAGGAGCUCGAAAAGCAGUUGGAAGAAGAAGUCAUUCGGAAGGAACAGCAGGUGCGAGACGCAGCUAAACGGGAGGAAGAGGCGCACGUGCUCGCCGAACGACUGGCGAAGGCACAAGCUAAAGACGCAGAAGGACGGGCUGAGUUAAUGCGUCAGCGAGAGCAAGCCCGUCUUCGAGAGAUAGCCAUAAGAGAGGAACGUGCCCGAAUUCAGGCUGCUUUGGAGCAACAACGACGGGAGGAAGAGCAGAGGCGGAAGGAAGAAGUCCGAGUGCAGACCAAGAUUCGCGAGAUGGGUGUUUGCCCAGUAGGAUACCGUUGGAUCAAGCAGUCGUCGGGUUAUUGCUGCGCGGGUGGCUCUCACUUCCUCAGCAACGAACAGUUGGGUAUAUAGGCAUCGUGGUAUUUCUCAGGCUUCAUCCAUAGAUUUCUGCCAAAUCCGGCUGCUGCUUUCGUUGUUGUAACUGGCCGAGUUUAUUUUUGGAAUGACUAUUUUCUGAGCAGUAAGAACGAGUUCAGCUGAUGUGCAUCCGUGAAGCUUCAAGGUGUUCGACUUUCUCAUCAAUGCAAGUUUAAUGUUUCGACCGAUGCGUC